AUGCGGCAGCGUUGCUGGGCUUGUAGUGGCUAUGGUUCUGUGUGGCGGUGCCGUCGUGGUCUUCGCUAUGUCUUUGUAGUGUUUGCAAUAUCGUGUUUUUGUUUUGCAUUUUGUAGUUUUUGGAUGAUUUUCUCUGAGGAGGCAGCGCUUUUGGGCGGCGGUGUUGCGUCGACGCCUUUGCAACCCCUGUUGAGAGGGUUGGCGGUGUCGACGUGGCAAGGCUGUGACAUGCCACGGAGCAGUUUUGAAUCUCUUGGUGACUUUUGGUUUUGGGGCCAGAAGAUGAAUAGUUCUUGGCCGUGCUUGACGUCGGGGAUGAAUAACCAGUUGAUGCUGCUAAUGGGGCGGCUGCAUUGUCUUGCUGUGCGGGACGCACGGCGUGGUGCGGCGCCGAGUUCCUCUGCUGCUCCUAGCGCUGGAAAUCCGAAGCACAUGUCUUUUUUCAAGUGGAAUGACAUCACGUGCUCGCCUAUGGGUGGAAAAGAGGGAAGACACCGAUACGCUGUGGGCGGGGACGACUAUACAUACACCUGGUUUCGUUGGAGUGAACUGCUGGUGUUUGCUGACAUUCGUGUGCGGCGCGGAACAGGUGGAGCUGUGGGGCCGUCGCAGGUGACGUUGGGGCCACUCGACAAUGUUGAUACCUCACCACAGCCUGCCGAGGUGCAUGUGACGCGAGUAUGUUUGUCCGACGCGUAUGGUUGGAGUGAGCAGCCCUCGCUGUUGACGUGUCCGGCGUCUGUGGAUCAUAUAUGGGGCACAGCAGUGUACUGGGACCUGCGCCGUUCGCUGCGGCCCCAUACCUGGUUUGCUCGGGCGGCGUUGGACUUUUUGCGGCGGCGUGGCAUAUCACCUUCACCGUUGCAGAAGCACAUGCACGCAGUGAUGGCACUUCACGUUCGUCGUGGCGAUUAUAAAAAGUUUUGCCGCGAAAAUGAACACGGGAGGGGUCGUCAUAAGUAUCGUGUACCACCGUUUGUUUACUUGAAGCGUUGGCGUCAUGUGAACUCCAGCAUACUGGGCACAAACUUCUGGGAGGAGUGUCACCCCUCGCUGCUGCAUAUCGUUGCAACCAUUGCAAACGUGACACAGACAUACACACACAUUACGAAGGUGAUGCUGAUGACUAACGUUGCGCGUUUCCGAGCGCAGCUGGCGGUAGCACUGCGGGGACAACCAGCCACGAGGCAUCUAACUCUUUUAUCAUUUGUGGCUGCCUCCGCAGAUAACGCUGGGAAAGACACGGACGUGGGUCUUCUCCAUGUCGAGCGUGCGGGUGUUGGCGAGGUACCACCGUCAUACUGGCCGCGUCACGCUACUUACUACACGGAGUCUGAGGCUGCGUGGAUGGACUUGACUCUUAUCUCACUGGCAGAGGUGAUGGUGCUUAACCGCUACAGUACGUUUAGUCACUCCGCCGUUGACCUGCAUAUUCUGCGAGAGAAGCGGCUGGCAGCAAAACUCUUCUGGUGGUAA